UGUCUCCCAGUCGUUCCCUGCAAUUUCUUAGGCACACCGAGUGAAAAGUUGACUCUAUUUACUGUUAUUUCUAGCCCAUGAACGCCCAGGAGCCGUCGACAGCCCAGAAGUUCACCUCCCGGAGAGUGUUGCCAAUAUUAAUAGCAAUCCAUAGUAUUAACAAUCCGUAUACCCGAGGAGGAAGACGCAUGAGUGACCCAGAGAGACGGUAGGAAGGUGAUGGCGCCCACCAAGAUGAAGCUGCGUGUGCGCCGGCGGGAGAGCGGAGCGGCGCCCGGGGAGCGGGAGGUGGAGGUGGGCGGAGCCCAGGGGGGCGGCGGCGGCCACAAGAAGCCCCCCUCCCCCCCCGCGCCGUCGGGGGACGAGGAGGCGUCGCCCGACUCCAAGUGUCCCAUCUGCCUGGACCGCUUCAACAACCUGGCCUACCUGGACCGCUGCCUGCACCGCUUCUGCUUCCCCUGCAUCCAGGAGUGGUCCCACAACAAGGCCGAGUGCCCCCUCUGCAAGCAGGCCUUCACCUCCAUCCUGCACUCGGUGCGCUCCCACGACGACUUCAAGGAGUACACCCUGAGGCCCCCGCCUCCCACCAACGCCAGCCUGGCCGCCACCGUCGCCAUGAGGCGGGCCGAGGCGGCGGCGGGCCUCCCCCUCCCGCCGGCGCCGCCCCCCCUCCCCUCGCCCUACUCCCCAGACUCCCCGCCGCCGCCGGGGGGGGAGGAGCCGGGGGACCGGGGGGUUCUGUUCGAGGGGCUGGCCGGGCUGGGCGGGGCGGUGGGGCCCGGCGACCGCUCGGCCCGCCACCUGAUGAGCCGGCUGGCGGCGCGGCGGCGCGUGCAGCUGGAGGGCGGGGCCCCGCGCCGCCUGCGGGAGCGGGAGAUGCUGGCGUUCCGCCGGGCGCUCUACCGCAGCGGCGUGCGCGCCCUCCUGGGUAACCCGGGGCAACAGCAGCCGCCGCCGCCGCCGCAGGACGUGUCGUCGGAGGGCUUCGUGCGGAGCCCCGGGCAGCUGGCCCGCCUGAGGCCCUGGCUGCGGCGGGAGCUGACGGUGCUGUACGGCGCCCACGGCUCCCUGGUGGACAUCGUGCAGCGCAUCAUCACGUCGCGCGUCACGCGCCACGGCCUGGAGCGCACGCACGGCCUGGAGGACGAGCUGCGGCCCUUCCUGCUGGCGCGCACCCAGCACUUCCUGCACGAGCUGGCCGCCUUCGCCCGCUCGGCGCUCAGCAUGGAGCGCUACGACGCCCAGGCCGUGUACGAGCCCCUCGGGCCCGACGCCCGCGCCUCGCCGGCCCGCCGCCUCAGCAGCUCCGCCCACAGCUCCGUCAUCGCCAUCUCGGAGGGGGAGGAGGCGGCGGCGGACGGGACGGCCGGCCUCCUCAGCCUCGCCACGUGGGACGAGGACACCCCCGGGCCCUCCUACUCCACGGCCGAGCCCGCGGCCCCGCCCUCGCCGGCCCCCCCGGCGGCGGGCGGCGGCGGCGGCGUGGAGGAUGAGUGUCUGAUCGUGGGCUACGUGAAGCCCAUGGCGGAGCGCACGCCGGAGCUGGUGCAGCUCUCCUCGGACACGGAGGAGGAGCCGCGGGACAAGCCCCCCAAGGAGGAGGCCACGGAGAGACCCGCGCACCCGGCCCCCGCCUCCCCGCCGGGCUCCCCCCCGCCCGCGUGGUCCUGCAGCUCCGGCUCGCCCCGCCCGCCGGAGAGAGGCGGCCGGCCGCCCCCGCACUCCCCCGGCGGCUGGGAGGGCGGGAGGAGGCGGAGGAAGAAGAGGAGGAGGAGGAAGACGGCGAGCGGGGAGAGGGAGCGCCCCUCGCUCUACACCGCCGUCUACUCCGGCCUGGACUGCCCCCGCUCGCGCUCCUCCAGCAGCUCCCUCCCCCGCUCGGCCUCCAGCCCCGACGCCGCGCGCCACAGCGACAAGCCCGGGGGCAAGAGGAAGUACAAGAGCCGGCACCUGGACGAGGACGGGGACCCCACCUGGAGGCCCGGCUCUGAGAGGGGGAGGCGGAGGGAGCGGGAAAGGAGGAGGGACGCACACAAGCACAACAGUGUCUGUGAGGACCAGAGCAGCAGCAGCAGCAGCAGCAGCAGUGGGGGGGACGGUGGCCACCGCAGCCCCAGCGUGGAGAUCAUCUACGAGGGGAAGCUGGGCCCCUGCGCCCCCUCCGGGAACCAGCGGCGGAAGAAGAGACGCCCCCACAGGAGGCAUCUGCACAACAGCUCUCCCGUGGUCAUCACCAUCGACAGCCAAAGUAGUCCCGACGACGGCGGCCACGGCAACCGCCUCCCCGUGUUCUCGGAACUCGCCGUCCGUCAGCCAAUAGACUUCUCCGCCUGCGACCUCCCCGCCCUGCAGUCGUUAGAGCCGGGCAGAGUGGGCGUCGGCCUCGGAGCCGACGUCGGCGAGCUGCCGGUCAACAUCCUGGCCCGAGGAUCCGAUGGAUCGGACACGGAGGCCAACCACCAAUCAAAGGCCUCGGACGUGCUGGCGGUGGAUAUCAGCGACGACGAGGACGAGGACGACGAGCGGGAGGGAGAGAGGCGGGGGGAGAAGAGGAAGGCGGAAGACGAGGGAGGGGCCAGCGACGGAGACGAAAGCCGUCUCCUAGCAACCAUCCUGGACGAGAUCGCCCAGCUGAACCCCGGCGGGUGCGGCCAGAACUCCCGCAUACCCCUCCCCUGGCCCGGGACGAAGAGCAGAAGGAGGAAGAGGACCAUGGGGAAGGUAGAGGAGGGUAGUGGCCUCACAGCCCCCCCUCCGGCCCCCCUUGCAGAUCUUCCCCACACCUCUGAGACGCCUGCCCCAGAUCAGACGCGCCCACUGGAAUGGACACGCCCACUCUGUGAUCCCGGCCCCUUCCCAGAGACACGCCUCCUUGAUGGGAAACGUCCCCUCAAAUGGGACCACCCCCUCGAGGAGAUGUGCCAGCCCGUUGAGACGGGCCUGCUGGAAUGGACCAAGCCCCGCCCACUCAGUGACCACAGACGCCUUGAAUGGACACACCAGCCCGCUUUGCCACGCCCACUCGACAGGCCACACCCCCUUGAAUGGACUCCACUGCCACUGAAUGAGACGGCCCCCAAACAGGAAGCGGCCGCCGAUCAGACCGCCACAUCGCUUCCAGUCGGUUCAUCGAACCCCCCCGCCCUGUCUUCCUCUUCUGAAGCCCCGCCCCCCGCUGUGACCUCGCCGGUCGUUAACGGCGUUGUCAACGCCUCAGCAGAUAAGCUCCGCCCAGACCGGGAGAGCUCCGCCUCCCCUUCGUUAAGCCCCGCCCCCUCUCAGAGUGGGACUUCCGACAGGGGUCCCGGGCAGGAGUGUUUAAAACUUCAGCAAACUGUGGGGCCGACGUGCGUGUCUGGUGCCGCCAAACACACACACAUCACUGACUUCCAUAUGGAGUAGGCGUGUGUUGUGCGCUCACAAAUUAUAACCGACGGGUUUCAAACUGAACAAUGAGGAAUUUUAUAUGAAUUAUCACUUUUCAUUCCGUAGUGUGUGUGUGUGUGUGUGUGUGUGUGUGUGUGUGUGUGUGUGUGUGUGUGUGUGUGUGUGUGUGUGUGUGUGUGUGUGUGUGUGUGUGUGUGUGUGCGCACGUGCGCGAAAGGGAAAUGUGGUCCACUAUUUAAUGAUGUUCUUUUUUUAACCAUUCUGGGUAGAGAUCAUCAUAGAGAUUGACAGCAGGUUCAGCCAAUCAUGAUGUAUUAAUCGAAAAGAUGAUGAUGAUGAUGAUGAUGAUGAUAAAGAAGAAAUGAUUGCAGUCGAGCCGAGUUCUUCUGACGUGGGAUCUGUGCCGUAUCUUCUAGGAAGACUUCCUCCGUGUCCAGAGGCCUAACAACAUUUCAGUCACUCAGCUCCUUCAAAAUAAGAGCGUUGUGUCUGGUUGGGGGUCACCCACACUAACCACCGGUGUGUGUGCGUGUGUGUGUGUGUGUGUGUUGAAGAACAAAUAAUGAGCAGAAUAAAUGUUUUGGACGGAAUCAUAUUGUCUCUGUUGUCUAUAUUGGCUGUGUCUAUUUGCUAAAAUGUAUUUAUUUAAA